AUGCUGCUCUGCCGACGCCGCGUCGUCGUCGCGUGGCUGUGCGUGGCCUUAUGCGUCGUAGGCACGACCGGCCAAAUCGGCAGCAAGAACAACAUCUACUGCAAGAAGACUCCAAACAUGGGCACAGGCGCGUCGUCCAGCUUUCUCACUGACAGCAAGUGCGAGUUGGACGUGCUCUUGGUGGCGUCCGCGACCGGGCCUGGCAAAGAGGUCAAGUUUUACUUCCAAGUGAACCGCACCGUGCCGUUCGUGCCAUACCCAGUCUACGAAGUGCCGGCGGACCCAACAUCCCAGCUCGCCGAGAUCGAAACGGGGUUUGUCGGGCUGGUUCCGUCUGACUUCGACAUUUUCAAGAUUGGCCGCGUGGACACGAUCUCAUUUGUCAACGGCAGCAUAUUAGAGCGCAAGAACUUUUCAGACUACGGCGUCGAGACGUUGCUCGAGCCCAGGCGCGCCAUCUCGGUGACGGCAAAAGGCUCGUACAAAGCGCUCGGGUGGUUCCGUGUCACAGACAACACAACCAACUCGACCAACGAAUACAUUGCGAUCCGAGACGCCGUGGAAAUCAAGGACAUAAAGGCCAUCUCGUUUCCUUCCAUGUACAUCGAUAUGCAUCCCCUCCAUGAAAAAUUGCCCCUUAAACUGGUGUUGUUCUGUAGUGCCUUCGACGCCAAGACUACGUACUGCUGGCGGGUGACCAACACGACCAAGUUCGAUGGGUUGACCUACGAUGACCAGUCAUUCGAUUCGGCAUGCCCAGUGUCGAUCUCCGUGUCCAGCCCCCGCGUAGCCGCCAACCUCGUCACGUUCGGGGUCGCUUGGACGAUUAAAGUCGUGCCCAACUACGUGCAAAACGGGGGCAAAAGCGUGUACGCGCUAGGGUUAUCCGAGGACGCAGCGAAAGUGGCGCCGAUCUUGCAUACGACUUUGCACUUUUGCAGCAUCGACGACGCAGCCUUGUGCCACAUGUUCAGCCCCAACCCGUUCGCGCUGUCGAGUCCAGACCUAACGGGCGCAUUCGACGGCGGCCGCGCCGACUUUACCGCGCCCGGACUGACCUUGACCAAGGGACUGUACGUCGGGUUUGUCCAUGGGGUGGUGGCCAAGGCGGACGGGUCGCUCCUCCACGUUGCCACGUACGUGACUAUCAAAGUGGACGAAAAGCAAGUCAAACCACCGCCCGAGAUUGCCCCCCUUACCCAAAUAGCCAACAAAACAUAUUGCUGGAAAGUGUUUGCAUCUGCGUCUGCCCGCAACGUCAGCGCCGCGUCCGCCCUCGGCGGGUACUCUGUCGACGACUCGUGCCCCCUGACCGUCAAGGUAGCCAUCCCUUCACAGGUCGUGACCAACUCGUCGGUGGGGGUCCAAGCGCUAGCCAGCGCGUCCCCCGUCCUCCCCAGUGUGGUCACGGUGGCCACGUUGCCGGACGGGUUUGUGGUAUCUCAAGCAACUCUGGCCGUGUGUCGCCGCAACGCGUCGUGCGGUCCGUUCUCUUCGCACCCUUCGUUGAUCGAUAUCAACAUCACUGGCCCGACAUCGUUCAUUCCGACGUCGUUGGUGCUUCGCAAGGCUGGCUCGUACAACGUGUACUUGGUCGUGACGGUAGAUGUGGGCAAAGGUGUGCGGCUGGACGUGAGCGUGAUGGCGUCGGUUCAAAUUGUGGAUGCGAUGGGGCUGCGGCAUUCCAACCAAGUUUAA